GGACCUAAAAUAACAACACUGCGCUACGUCAACACCACACUUCCUCUCCCUCACAUAUAACACAUUUAAACACGGAAACACCCUAAUUUACACCCUGAUAGACACACCCAAGCACAGAUCACUAACCUAACUUUAUUUUAAACCACCAAAAAGUCCUAAAAAGGUGACCAAACCCCACGAAAACGGUUAAAAAAAGGGAGGGGUCAAGACCUUAUCAAGUGGACAGGAAGCAAGGCAGGAGGAGAGCUCUCUAGACCCUCUCUGCUGCGCCUCCCAUCUGUGCCUCGUGUCCUACCUGUUGAUUGCUGUGAUAUACCUGUCUGUGCCCACCUGGACCACGUGAUUCUGGGCCCAUGGCGACCGUGAAACCGAAAGUACUUGUGUUAGGGGGGUGUGGGUUCAUCGGGCGGCAUAUCGUGUGUGAGCUGGUGCGGAAGGGCGUGAGUGUGAAUGUGUGUGUAGUGGACAAAGUGCCGCCUCAGAUCGCUUGGCUGAACGACGAGCAGACCAAGGUGUUCAACGAUGACGCUGUUACUUUCAAGAGUGCCAACCUCAUCAACGCAGCCUCCUGUUCUGCUGCGUUUGGGGAGGAGGAGUGGGACUGGGUGAUCAAUGCUGCCGGGGAAACCAAGACUGGACAGGCCGAGGCAGUGUACCAUGAGGGAAUCGUGCGCCUCUCGACCAACUGUGCCAAGGAGGCGGCCAAGCGGAGGGUCAAAGUAUACCUGGAGGUGUCGGCGGGGAACAUGGCAUCAGACGACAAGGUCCCACACAAGGAGUCCGAUUCCUGCAGCCCCUGGACGGUCAACGCAAAGUGCAAACACCAGGUGGAGGAGGAGCUGAAGAACAUUCCUGACCUUAACUGGAUCAUCGUGCGGCCAGCGAUCGUCUACGGGAUCUCGGACAGGACAGGACUGACACCCCGGCUUGUGUACGGCGCUGUGUACCGCCACCUCAAGGAGACCAUGAAGAUGCUGUGGGACAAGAACCUCCACAUCAACACCGUCAAUGUUACCGAUGUGGCCAGGGCGGUGGUGUGGCUAUGUCAGAGGGAGAAGGUCCACCAAAUCUACAACUUGGUGGAUGACGGCAACACUCUGCAGGGCGACGUGACGGAGCUCGUGUCGGACAUCUUCAACAUCAACCACGACUACUGGGGGAACAAGCUGUCACAUCUCGCCAAGGUCAGGACGGACAUCAUGGGACUAGUGAACGAGGUCAACGAGAAACACUUGGUGCCUUGGGCUGCGGUGUGCUCUGCCGGGGGCCUCGACAACACCCCCAUCACGCCCUACAUUGACCAGGACGCCGUGCUUCACUGCCACCUGCACCUGGACGGCUCCAAGCUCCGCAGCGAAGGGUUCACCUACGCCAUGCCCAAACCCACACAGGAGCUGCUGACCGAGGUGUUGAAGGAUUUCGUCACCAUGAAAAUCUUCCCCGCCUCGGCCCUCCCAAGCCAGUAGUGCCAAGGACAGUCAGAGGGUAACACCAAGGCCAGAACGAGUGCCAGGUGGGGAGGGUGCCAUUACGAACCACAAAUUUUGAUACACAACCGAACGCUAGAACGCCUUCCAGGACACACCUUAUAGUCACCUGUUACGCCUGAAGCACCUGUCGGGAAUGUGGUUAACGAGGGAGGAUAUGCGAGAAUAUUGUUUUUGGGGUAUUGAGUUCAAGGUGAGGUGUGUACUUAGCCUAUGUUGUGUGUGUGUGUGUGUGUGUGUGUGUGUGUGUGUGUUACCAAUCGCGAGUACUUAAGAAGGAUGUAAGGGGGAAGUUAGAGAAAUAAGAGGAGAAUAACGAGGCAUUCCGAUCAGUGACAAUGGAAAAGAAUAGCUUGAGAAUAUAUAUGUGUAAGUCAAUGAAGAGGAAAAUGUAAAAAAGGAGGAGGAGGAGGAGGAGGGGGAGCUGUAUGGAGAAAAUUGAUUAAGGAAAAGAAAAGAAAGGGAGUAACAGGAGAAGGAAUGACAAAAUAAUGAUGAUAAGCAAUAUGGAGAAAUUAAGAAGAGGAGGAAGAAAAGCAAUAUGGAAAAAUGAGAUA